UCUCUCUGUGCCUUUCCCGAGUUGCCUUCGUCCUCCUUGCUCCUUUCUUUCAUGGAAAUCAAGACAACCCGAAGAACAACACCUCCAACCCGCUCAUCAAAACCCUAGGCUUCGCCUUUGCCCUUCUGCCGACGGCGAGCGCCUGAGGAGAUGUUUGGGGACUUCGCGAGAUCCGCGGAGGCGGUGUUCUCGCGUUGGGCGAUCAAACGAAUUUGCAAGUUCCUUUUGAAGAAGAAGCUCGGGGACUUGAUUCUCGGUGACAUCGAUCUCGACCAGCUUGAUGUUCAGCUCGGCCAAGGCACCAUCCAGCUCUCUGAUCUUGCCCUCAAUGUUGAUUAUCUCAAUCAGAAGUUGGCAGGGGCAACUGUUAUGGUGAAGGAAGGAUCCAUUGGUUCCCUAUCUAUGAAAAUUCCCUGGAAGCUUAAAAAUUGUCAGAUUGAAGUGGAAGAGCUAGAGCUUGUGCUUGCCCCAAAUGUGGAGAAUGAAAUGCCAAAGGAUGCAGAUUGCAGCAAGUCAAGUGAUGAUGGUGAUCAACAUGUGGGUGUAGAUGCAAACAAACUCAGGGGAACAAUCCAUGACAGUCCUCAAUAUGCCCCUAUGGAUAUUCAUGAAGGAGUUAAAACUAUUGCUAAGAUUGUCAAAUGGUUUCUUUCAAGUUUCCAUGUCAGACUAAAAAAUUUGAUAAUUGCUUAUGAUCCCUCCCCAAAUGUGGAGGGAAAGAAAUCAGCAUCAUGUAGGUCCCUGGUUCUUCGUAUAUCAGAAGUAGAGUAUGGAACCUGCAUCUCAGAGGAUAAUUCCAUACCUGAUUCGAAGCUUGACUGCUUGUUAGGUGUUGGGAAAUUGACCAACUUCAUAAAAUUUCAAGGAGCGGUUGUUGAAUUUCUACAGAUGGAUAAUAUUGAUAGUCAGCCUCAGGUUCAUGGUGAUUUAAAUACAAGCUUUAGUGAAUGGUAUGCAGGAAGUUCACCAUCAUGCGGGAUGGCUACAAUAUUGACCGGCUCUGGUGGUGGGUUCUCGGGUAAACUGAAUGUGAGCAUACCAUGGAAGAACGGAUCUGUAGAUAUCUAUAAAGUUGAUGCAGAUAUUUCUAUUGAUCCUGUGGAGCUAUCUAUUCAACAAGACACUAUUAUGUGGAUGAUAACCUUAUGGGAAUCUCUGAAGAUUGUGAACAAAGCUGGAGAGGGCCAUAUUCCCCGUAAAGCUUUAGAAUCAUCUUCAUUGAAUUCUGGAUAUCACAGCCAGUUGGAUUCUGCUAGCUAUCCUGUGCUAACAACAAACAAGGCAACACCAGGAAGAGGAAGCUUUUCUAGGAACUCCUGUUCAACAAGUACUCAAGAUACUCUUCCAGAUGGUUUUCUUCCUUGUGCUAAUGUAAUCCAAAACUGGGUGCCACUAUCUGUUCCCCAAGAAAUGCAAGUGGGACUGGAAUCAGAUUAUGGCGCAAGUAUCUAUCAGUUCUUUGAGUGCUUUGAUGAAAUCAGGAGUUCACAAGCAAGUUUAGGGAACAGUGGUAUAUUGAACUGGACUUGUUCUGUUUUCAGUGCUAUAACAGCUGCAUCAAAUCUAGCCUCGGGUUCUGUACAUAUUCCUACGGAUCAGCGUCAUGUUGAGACAAAUAUACAAGCUUCUUUAGGAGAGAUAUCUGUUAUUUUAUCCUUUUUACCUGAAGAACGAGAACAUUCUCAGAAUUCCCCCUGCAGCCUCAAUCAUAUGAAUGAUUCCCAUGGAAUUGGUUGUGGUAGUCUCUCAACCAGCGAUAUGGUAGACUCACCAGAAAAUGUGCCAAGUGCUGAUUCAUUUAUGAGCUGUCUUUCAACUAUGAAUGUAGAUCAAUCAUCUAUCAUGGAAAUCAAUGGUGCCAAUCCCGAUGUACACCAUCUUGAUGCUAGGUUUCAGAACAUCACUCUCAAAUUGCAGAUUGAUCACCAGAAAACGAAUCUUGAAGCUUCAGUUAUGCAUGCCAAAAUUGAUAUGUUCUAUGAUAGUGGAAGCAUAUCGAGGGGUUUUGAGGUAUUUAAUCACAAGAGCAAUUUCUGUGGGCAGACGCCUUUGUCUCAGAGUCUACAGGUUCAAGUUCAAGGUGCCCUCCCUCCAUUCCCUCGACAUGAUGGGAGGAAAGAAGCAGCUGUCAAUGCAAACACAUGGUCUGAGAAAGGAAUGUUCAAGGUUGUGUUAUUUGAAGCUUUUGGUGCAUGCCAUUGCCAAUAUACUGCCAGACCCUCUUAUUUGGAUGGAAGAAUAAUAUCGUCAGCUUCAUUUAUCAUAAAUCUGCCACCAUUUGUUCUUUGGGUUCAUUUACACCUAGUCAAUGUUCUGCUGAAUUUCUUUAAAGAGGUUCAAAUUUCUUUGGAAAGGAAUUGUCCAAGUAAAGAUGCUAUAAGUGAUCUAUUGGACAAAAGGAAUGGUUCUUCUCUUGAUGAAGCCAACACUAGUGUUUCCAAUUGCAUCACUGCUCUGCCUCAGAAUGCAAAUACUCAGGGGAGCAUAUUACUUCCUCAUGCAAGGGUUGUGUUAUGUUUUCCUACUGUGAACCAUGGAGAAUGCAAGCGAUCAACUUCUUGGGGCAAGUUUGUUGUUUUUGAAUUUUCCACAUCUUCAGAUUUAGGAAAAGUUCCAGAUGCCUCUAGGGUCCCUAGAGCAAAUUCUUCCAAGGGUGAGUUUUGUGCACCUUCCACCUCCAUCCUUGUAAAUAUAGGGAGUGUUGAUGGCUAUUUGGUUACACCUCAAUGCGAAAAAGCUUUGACUGAGGAAGGAUGCAGUCUGAACAUGCUAUUCUUUUCUGCUAAGAAGAUCUUCUCUAUCAAAACCGGAACAAAUGAUCAUCCUUUUGGUAUCCAUAUGCUUUGUCAGAAAGGUCCUGUAACUGGUCCUUGGAUGGUAAACAGAACGUGGGGUAUGGCCACAUCACAUGAUCAAAGAUGCAGGAAUAAAGUGACUGGAAAUGAGUAUGAAUUUUCUUCCGUAAAAACUGUUGAAGAUCUCAGGGAGAAAAAUUCUCUUAUCCGUCAGGAGCUGGUUCUGAAUUCUGCACUUUGCUUACAGGUUUAUUUUUCACAAGUUUGGAUCAACCUAGGCCGGCAUGAUUAUGAGCUUCUGAAUGAUCUUCUGAGUGAUUUAAUGGAUGGUUUGCCUGAUAAAACUGAUGGAAUAGAUAUUAAUGGAAACUUUGAAAAUUCUCAAAAUGAUUCAAGUCCUUCUCAAUUAUCUAUCCUUGUAGAAUGUGACAUGUUGGAUCUUUGCAUCAAUCUGGAUUCUAUUGAGAUAAGUUGCUCAGUACAGAAGGAGCUACAAGGCUCGUGGAAUCGUCUUAGAUUGACUGUUCAGGACUUUGAACUUCUAUCUGUCUCAAAUAUUGGUGGAGUGGCAGAUGCAAGCAUUUUAUGGCUGAAACAUGGUGAAGGUGAAUUGUGGGGUUCGAUUGUGGAUAGGCAGCAGAAAAGUACUCAGGAUCUGUUGCUAAUUUCCUGUAGUAAUUCAACAAAGAAACGUGGUGAUGGUGAAGGCACAAAUGCUUUAUCUUUUGGAUCAGCUGGUACAACUAUCACACAUAUUAAGAAUCCAACAACACAUCAAAUUUUUACAUCCAUAACCCUUCAAUGUGGGACAUUUGUUGCACCUGGCGGUAGGCUGGAUUGGUUUUCUGCAUUGAGCUGCUUUUUUACUUUGCCUCCUCAAGGACCUGAGCUAGAGGUUGGUGAUACCAGUAAAAAUAGAUCAGAUGGGGAUGAUGUUGUUUAUAUUUCUUCUUUCUUUCUUGAGUUGGUGGAUAUUGCUUUGAGUUUUGAACCCCACAAGUUUGAUUGCAUAUAUGUAAAGAUAAAAAAUGGAGAAGCUGUUCAACCAGAUGAAGAAUCACGUGAGAAACAUGUUGCAUGUCUUCUGGCUGCUGCAUCAUUAAAUGUAUCUCAUCAUUCCAUGGCAGACUCUUCAACCAAUGAACAUAAAUUUCAGCUCCAAGAUGUAGGGCUGCUUAUUGGUGAAUCAUCAGGAUCAAAAUGUAACAGGUGUGACUAUUCCAUUGAUUAUCUACGAAAGUCUGGCUAUGUAAAAGUGGCUCAUGAAACACUUGUGGCAGCUGUACUGCGAAUCAGAGGUGUAACUUGGGAAAUUGAAUGUCAGGAGGCACAUAUCAAUCUGGAUACUUGCAGUGACACUACUGAUGGUCUUUGUCGUUUGGUUUCUCAACUUCAACAGCUUUAUGCACCUGAUCUUGAGGAUGCUUUGGUACAUUUACAGUCUAGGUGGAAUACAGUUCAGCAGGAAAAUAGCAAGAUGAUUGAUGAGGCUGAUAUUUCAGAUAGACUUUCUGUAAAAUUAUCUUCAGAAAACAAUUUAUCCAACAGAAGUGAGGAUGUUAGGUCUGUUGGACUGCUUGAUGAGAUACUUGAGAAUGCUUUCUUCAUGGAUUUAGAACAGGGAAGCACAUUUGACUAUUGUGAUAGUCAUAGACUUAAUAUGCACUUCCCUGGAGAUGAUCAUGGAUUAAAUUCCAGCAAUGGUAUAGCUGGUGACACUUUUCCUCCGAACAUUUCCCAUGGGGUGCCUGUGCUCAGAUCAGAAUUGAGACCUCAUAUUAUUGACAGCUAUUAUGCAUCUGACUUUGUUUCUCCACCAAAAAUAUCUGCACCAGAUAGAUUACAUCACGAAGAUCUUAAAUACAAACAUUGCAAUACAGGGAAUAAAGAUGUUGAAUGUGGGAAGGGUAGGUGGUUCAAGGAUGGCUCUUUGACGAUAGUGGAAAAUCAUCUCUCAGAAAUAAUUAACCAGCCUUCUAGUGAAAAACAGCAUGAAGAAGGCAACUUCGAUUCUGUUUGUUCUGUUGCAGUUGAUAACUGUAGAACUAGAGGGAGAAUACUUUUGAAAAAUAUUGAUGUGACAUGGAGAAUAUAUGCUGGAUUUGAUUGGUCAAAGCCAAGGGAAAACCUUCUUUCUGGUUUGAGUUCAAAUGGAAGAGAUGGAACUGUAUGCCUAGAGGUUAAGCUGUCAGGACUGAAUCUUCAAUAUAAUGUUUAUCCUGAUGAGGAGAUAUGUGCAUCAAAGCUUGCUGUCUCUGUUCAGGAUUUCCAUCUCUAUGACAGAAGCAAGGAAGCCCCUUGGAAGAUGGUGCUAGGAUACUAUCAUUCUAAAGAUCAUCCACGAGAAUCCUGUGCUAAGGCCUUCAAGUUAGACUUGGAAGUUGUAAAGCCAGACCCGAUGACUCCUCUUGAGGAAUACCGGCUACAUCUUGAAUUCCUGCCUAUUCGACUGCAUCUUGAUCAAAGCCAACUCAACUUUCUUAUCAACUUCUUUGGCAAGGAUGCGGACAGAAUCAAUAGCCAACCUAAUGAUUUGGAGAAAUCACAAAUACCAGGAAAGAAAGUGAACUAUGGAACAAAGACGAUUGUGGAGGAGGCAUUACUGCCCUUCUUUCAGAAAUGUGAUGUAAGACCUGUAGUUGUGCGAGUUGACUACAUACCUCGUCGUGUUGAUCUUGGUGCACUUAGAGGGGGAAACUAUGCAGAACUUCUCAACUUAGUUCCAUGGAAGGGAAUUGAUUUGCAACUCAAGCAUGUCCACGCUGUAGGUGUUUAUGGUUGGAACAGUAUUUGCGAAACAGUUGUUGGACAAUGGUUGGAAGAUAUUUCCCACAAUCAGGUUCAUAAGUUAUUGAAAGGGCUUCCUCCUAUAAAAUCAUUGUAUGCAGUCGGUUCAGGUGCUUCUAAGCUAGUAUCAUUGCCAAUUAAGAGUUAUAAGAAAGACCACAAGUUGCUCAAGGGAAUGCAAAGAGGUGCUAUAGCGUUUAUUAGGAGCAUUUCGCUUGAAGCUGUUGGGCUAGGUGUGCAUUUGGCAGCGGGGGCUCAUGAGGUAUUUCUCCAAACAGAGUAUAUCCUCACAAGCAUUCCUCCAUCUAUGCCAUCAUCUGAAAGGGACAAGAGGGAAAUGACAUUGAGAUCAAAUCAACCUAAAGAUGCACAGCAAGGAAUCCAACGGGCUUAUGAGAGUUUAAGCGAUGGACUUGGGAGGACGGCCUCUGUGCUGGUUGGGAAUCCAUUCAAGACUUACCAGCGAGGAGGUGGGGCUGGGCCAGCUCUUGCUACCGCUGUUCGGGCAGCUCCAGCUGCAGUUAUGGCUCCCGUCUCUGCCUCUGCUAGAGCUGUGCACUGUGCCCUUGUUGGAGUCAGGAACAGCCUGGAUCCUGAGCAUAAGAAGGAAUCUAUGGAGAAAUAUCUUGGUCACCAACCAUAGAAUUCUAGAGAAAAGCAUGCUUGCCUGUUACCGGAAGAGAAACAUGUUUACAGCACUUGCCAGAAGCUGUAACCAAGAUGCUGAAUGUCUCAAGAGUGUAAGAAUCAUGGAUGGAAUUAUUUCACUAUUUCACCAGUUUUUUACGACAACUUCAUCAAGAGAGUCAGAUUUUUGACCGUGUCCAUUGAUUGAAUGGUUAUCAUCAUACGACUUGUGAUGAACUCUUCAACUCAGCUGAUCCAAAUGUAUAUUAAAUUUAGACAAAUAUUUUGUACAAAAUGUGUACAAGAAUUCCACAAUCUACAUUGCAGCAGUAAUUUUCCUGGAUGUAAAUAGGCUAGUACCAGUUAGUUGUAUAUCUUUAGGUCAACAGCUGUAGUGUUUUCCCUUAUUGGCGAAUUGCAUGUAAAUAGGCCAGGAGCAAUUGUAUAUUACAGCCACAAUUGUGAUGCUUUUCCUUGUCUAAUUGUCAUUCAAAUACAUCAGUUUGUAUCUUGUGUUUA